AGGUUGUUCAUGUUUGUGAUAUUUCAGGUCCUAGUCCAUGAAUGAAGGUUUGGGAACGAUUGCAUCCUAUUUGGAGUUGAUUUCUCACCAUUGAAGCCCCGAUUGCAUCCUCAAGAGUGAAGAUUGACAUCCCAGAGCAGAUUCUUCCCAUUGUUAUGAGUAUGAUUGCUUUGUAUUUUGUUUCCCUCUCUCUCUCUCUCUAUGGAGUAGAACUCUCUCUCACUUGGGUAUGAAGAACCCUAGUUCCAUAGGGAUCUUGAUUGUAAUGACUUGGAAUUGUUAUACUGUUUGAUUUUAAUCGAUUGAUGCAUGAUUCAUUGAGUCAAUUGAAGUCUGAUCAUUUUUUCUUGAUUUCUGCUGCAACCUGAGAUAGAUAGAAUCUGAUUAGGUUGUUAGAGCUUCAUCAAUCGGUAGUGGUAGAUUGGUUAUACGAGAGUUAAUCAAUCUACUGCUUUGUACUAGAACCCAAUUCCAGUAGUGGAGUUAUGUGCUUAUUGCCUCAGCAGUCUAUCCCGGUGAAGGUUAGUCGCCUGCCGGUUAGCCUGCCUGAGAGGGCUUGGUCAGCUUAAGAGAUUCCAAACUACUGUCGGAUCUUCCGUAGUUUAAUCAACAUUUAAUCAACCCAGGGUAAUUACAACUGAGACCUAACUAAAGAGCUAGGGGGACUCAUUCCCGAGUGACUCUUCCUUUUCUUUAGAAAACCGAAUCAUUUCCUGCUUUCUUAUUGCUUUUACUUAAAUAAACAAUCACUUGACUUAGUUGGCUAGAUAAUAGAUAUUCACGGAGUAGGUAGUAGAUCUAGACCCCGGAUUGACAAUUAGAGCUUGCCUGUUACUGCAUUUCCGGACUGCGAUUACACUUGGUCGCAGUUUGGUGUUGUGUUUUAGCGUGUCAAUGACAUUGGAAUUUCUGGCAGGCGUUCACAAUAAACUUAAGAGGAGGCUCUAUCACCCGAGCUGAGCUGAUGGGUAUAGCACAGGGACUUCGCUGUGCCUCGGAGGUGGGGAUUCGAAAGGCAGUCCUCCAAACAGAGUCCAAAACUGCCAUCCAGCUGCUCGAGUCGGCAACCUCUACUCAUCCUCAUUUUAUGGUCGUUUCGGAGAUUAGGCAUAUCCUACAGCGUGACUGGCAGGUACGAAUCGAGCAUGUCUUCAGGGAUGGGAAUGCAAUGGCAAAUUUCCUUGCUUCGACCGACCACUCCGCUCCUCCGGGUAUUCACAUCAUCAAUCAGCCAAGCAUCAUGCUCAGAUAUUGGCUAAUUUUUGAUCGGACAGGGAUUGAAACCCCCCGCUUUGUAAUAGGUUGAGGUUUGGGUGCCCUUAGCACCCUUUUUCCCACAAAAAAAAGGUCCCCUUAAUCCCCACACACCUUAAUUUAGCCAAUUCCUAGUCGGGAAUCAAGUUCUAAAGUUCCAAUAAUUGGCUCCUAACAAUCCCCCUCGUUCCCACGGUCAUGUAGCCGCAAACGGUUUGUCGUUUGAACACCAAACGAAGAAACUGCGAGCCGAUUACGAUUAGUAUGGAAAAUUACAGAAUAGUACCCCAUAAUUUCGAACGGUAGAAACAGUUCCAGAACUAAUAAAUCGUACAGUUAUACGUACGAACUUGCGAAACUUGUUUCUCCCUCGUCCGAGCUCGGAAUUCUUUCAUCCACAAAGUGGUCGACCACUUUAUAAGAAAAUGGUCAACCUUUUCCACCAAGUGGUCUACCACUUGAGUCAUUCGGUUUAUCAUUUUCGAAAAUGGGUCGACCUGAUGACACACUUACCUUCAAGCGGUCGACCACUUACCAAGAAAAAUGGUCGACAUCUUCUAUCAAGUGGUCUACCACUUGAGUCAUCCAGUCUACCACUUUCGAAAAUGGGUCGACCUGAUAACACAUUUACCUUUAAGUGGUCGACCUCUUCCACCAAAUGGUUGACCACUUUUCAAGAGAAUGGUAGACCUCUUCUACCAAGUGGUCUACCACUUGAGUCAACCGGUCUACCGCUUUGGAAAUGGGUUGACAUGAUGACACAAUUACCUUAAGUGGUCGACCUCUUUCACCAAGUGGUAUACCACUCAAGGUAGCCGGUCUACCGCUUCUGGCAAUGGGUCGACCUGCGUUACACUUACCUUCAACUUACAACUUCUUGUUGGAGGAGGUAGACCGCUUCCGCCAAAACAGCGUACCGAUUUCACAAAAUGGUUUACAUAUCUCUUUCGGCAAAUGAUCCCGCUUUUGACGAACAGUCGACCAGAUAACAUAGGUACAUUAUACUUACAUUAGAAAAAUAAUAGACAAUAGGAGACCAACAAUAUAAAAUUAUUUUUGUAGUAAUGCAACAUCCUAUCAAUUGUGGACAUCCAAAUUCCAACGCAGAUUAUAGGCCAAGACAAAAAGAAACACCCUCUUUUAAUUCUUCUGGAAUAAAAAUCCACAAAAGCGAUGAUAUGAGAUUUAUGGACGUCGUAAAUGACACAAUUGUAUAACAAAUAUACUCUACUUUUUGAGCAUAUUCAUAACAACAAUAGCCACGAAGUUAAUCCACCACAAGACAAAUAGAAACAAGAAAACUUAGAAUUUGAA